AUGGCGCCAACAGCCAUCAGCGGCGAGGGUGCCACGAGCACAGUGAACGGUCUAGCUAAUGGACUCGGCUCUCACAUCAAUGGUCUGUCCAAUGGCACUGCAAAUGGCAGUGUAAACGGCCUUGCCAAUGGUCAUACCAAUGGUCAUACCAACGGCCUCCCAGAUGGACAUACCAGUGAAUAUACCACCAGCGGACACGCAAGUUGCACCUCAACGCCCUUGUCGUCCCGCCCAACACCACCUCAGAUGCCUAUCGCGAUUGUCGGCAUGUCAUGUCGCCUGCCCGGGAACGUUGCCACACCAGGGGAGUUUUGGGAGAUGUUGGCACGAGCUCGGAGCGGUUAUUCAGAGAUACCCAAAGAGAGGUUCGACCUGGCCCCUUUCCACCACCCCAACCCUGGAAAGGCUGGUUGCGCCAACCCAGUUGGUGGUCACUUUCUGAACAUUGACCUUCACGCCUUCGAUGCCCCGUUCUUCAGUCUGACUGAGAAGGAGGCCAUUUCCAUGGACCCUCAACAGCGCUUGCUGUUGGAAGGCACAUUCGAGGCUCUUGAGCACGCCGGUAUCCCUAAGCAGUCUAUUGUAGGAAAGGAUGUCGGCGUCUUCAUCGGUGGCUCAUUUCCAGAGUAUGAGUCGCAUCUCUUCCGCGACUCGGAUACUAUUCCCAUGCAUCAGGCGACAGGUUGCGCAUAUGGCAUGCAGUCAAACAGACUUUCUCAUUUCUUUGACCUCAAAGGUCCCAGUUUCACUUCCGAUACAGCUUGUUCCUCUAGUUUAGUUGCAUUACAUUUAGCAUGUCAGAGUCUAAGGACGGGAGAGUCCAGCAUGGCUAUUACCGGUGGCUGCCAUCUCAAUAUGCUUCCAGAGUUUUACAUUUCUUUUGCAAAAUCAAGAUCAUAUUCCUUCGACGAUAGAGGCACUGGUUUUGGACGCGGCGAAGGUUGUGGCGUCAUCGUCUUGAAACCCCUCGAUCAAGCCAUCAAAGAUAAAGACUCUAUUAAAGCCAUCAUUGCCGGAAGUGGCAUCAAUCAAGAUGGAAGGACUCCCGGUAUCACGAUGCCCUGCGGCAACGCACAGACGGAUCUGAUGAACCAGGUCUACACUAAUGCCGGUCUUAACCCCAGAGACACCGGUUUCAUCGAGGCCCACGGAACCGGUACAAGAGUCGGAGAUCCAAUUGAAGCGACUGCCAUUCACAAUGUCUUUGGUGAAGGUCGCACAUUGAGGGAUCCCCUCUUCCUAGGGUCGCUGAAAUCAAACGUCGGACACUUGGAAGGAGCUUCGGGUAUCGUGGCAGUCAUCAAAGCGGCCAUGAUGCUUGAGCGGGGUUUUGUUCUACCAAACUAUGACUUCAAAGUGCCGAACCCCAAGAUACCGUGGAAGGAAUGGAACUUCAAAGUCCCCGUUACUCAACGACCGUGGCCGAGAAACAAGAAGUACAUCAGUGUUAACAAUUUUGGCUUUGGCGGCACGAAUGCGCAUGUUGUCCUGGAAAAGGUCCCAUUCGCGACUAGAGCGACGAAGGAUGACGCGGAUCUCAAAGAUGACAACCCUGGACGCAAACUGUUUGUCAUGUCUGCAAAUGACAAGAAUACUCUUGAGACUGUCAUGAAAAACAUGGUCGUCUAUCUGGAGCAGAGGCCUGAGAUGUUCCAGAAGGACCUGAUGGGAAAUGUGGCUUACACUCUUGGUCAACGCAGAUCAUUGCUGCAGCACAGAGUGGCGAUUUCCGCAAACCGAUCCUUUGACCUUAUUGAGGCUAUUUCAGCUGGUAACUAUACUACUGGCAAGGAGGUUGACCCUUUGAGAAUUGGGUUUGUCUUCACCGGUCAGGGUGCUCAAUGGUAUGGUAUGGGUCGCGAGCUGUAUGCCCAAUACCCCGUCUUCCAGAAUGCCAUCGACUGUGCCGACAGUGUUUUGUCAUCGCUCGGUGCGUCUUGGUCGCUGGUGGAGGAGCUCAGUAAAGAUGAGAAGACCUCUCAAGUGGGCGCUGCCCACAUCAGCCAACCGUCAUGCACAGCAGUCCAACUCGCUUUGGUUGACCUGCUGCGUUCGUGGGGCAUCCGCCCGGCAGCCGUAACAGGCCACUCCAGUGGCGAGAUUGGUGCUGCUUACGCUGCUGGAAUUCUGCCUUUUGAGUCCUGCAUGGCUAUUGCCUACCACCGCGGAAGACUUAUCCCAGUCUUGAAGGAGAGAUACCCAGACCUCCGCGGCUCCAUGCUGGCGGUUGGUGGAAGCAAGGAAGAAUUCGAACCCCUGCUCUCUGAACUCAACGAUGGCGAGGUCAAGAUCGCUUGUUUCAACUCGCCUACCAGCUUGACAAUCUCUGGUGACGAGUCGGGUAUCGAUGAGCUCAAGAAGAUUGUAGACGAGAAGCAGCUGUUCAACCGGAAACUCUUCGUCGAUACUGCGUACCAUUCUCACCACAUGAAUCUGCUCGCCAAAGAUUACCAGGAGUCCAUCCAAAUGAUCGGGUCUCCUGCACCGACAGAGACAAGAUUCCACUCCUCUCUUCUGGGCAGACAAUGCGACGCUUCUGAGUUGGAAUCAACUUACUGGGUCCAGAAUUUAACAUGUGCUGUCAGAUUCAAUGAGGCUCUUCAGAGCAUGCUGGCUCCUAUUGGCGAGCACAAAACGGGUGUCAACAUGCUCAUUGAGCUCGGUCCCCACUCCGCUCUCCAGGGGCCCAUCAAGCAGAUCAUGCAGGCUGUUGGCCCUGAUGCAACCAAGGUGCCAUACGCCUCGGCCCUAUCGCGGAAAAAGGAUGCUGUCGAGACUGCUUUGGCCCUUGCAGGAAGCUUGUUCACAAAGGGACAGACUCUGAAUUUCGACGCGAUCAACUUCCCCAAGUCACAGAAGACAGAACCUAUGCUUCUUACUGACUUGCCGCGUUAUCCCUGGAACAAGACCGUUAAGUACUGGCACGACUCACGCUUGACGCAGAAGCACAAGAACAGGAAUGCUCCUCGAAACGAUAUCCUUGGAACCGUCGCACAUUAUUCAAAUGAUUUAGAGCCGACCUGGAGGAACAUUGUUCGGCUUGAGGAUCUCCCAUGGCUCGAACAUCAUAAGGUUCAGUCACUGACGGUCUUCCCGAUGUCUGGUUUUAUCACAAUGGCAAUCGAGGCAGCCUCUCAGAGAGCUAUUGCCGCAGAGUUGACCUUUGACAAAUACAAGCUCAGAGACGUAUCAGUGGUUGCCCCGCUGGUCAUCCCAGACGAAGAUGUUGAGAUGACGACGACCUUGCGUCCCGAUCAGGAGAGCACCCAAGGAGCUUGGGAUGAAUUCAGAAUCUGCUCCUGGAGCAAGUCGCAAGGCUGGAAAGAGCACUGCAAAGGCUUCAUUGCUGUCGAAAAUGACGAGUGCAAUGGUGUUGAUGACUCUCGCCGUGCAUACGAGGCCAAGGCCAUGUUGAAGUCGACUAUCUUAUCAGUCGAAGCUCGCGCUUCAGCGCCAGUCUCAUCAGAGAAGCUCUAUGAGACUUUAGGUGAGCUUGGGGUAUCUUACGGUACCACUUUCCAGGGCAUUACCAAUUGCUCUGCAAAUAACGAUUGUUCCAAGGCAGAGAUCACCGUGCCCGAUAUUGCCAAGGAAAUGCCCAAUCAUCACAUAUCUCCAGCCGUUCUUCAGCCAGCGCUGCUAGAGUCUUUGAUAUCAACUUAUUGGCCAAUCGCCGAUGGUGGCCACGGUGGAAUCGAUACUAUCUACCUACCAUCAUCGGUCGAUCGCAUAACCAUCUCCAAGAAAAUCACAGAAGCGACAAAGGAGCCUGGUAAACUACUUAAUGCUUAUUCGCAGGGUCACUUUUCAAUGGAUGCUCCUAUGACCACAAAGAUCAGCAUGUUUGCUGCCUCCAUGGAUGAUCCAUCUGAGCCUCUCAUCACCAUUGAGGACCUCAUGAUCGCACCUAUCAUUGACCGUGAGGCAGCAACCGAGGAGUCCCAUAGAGAGCUGUGCUAUAAGCUCGACUGGGAACCCGCCUUGGAAUCUGAGCCUGCCGAGCCUUCACAAUCAACCGACUCGGAGAUCGUCAUCGUACACGCCGAAACAGCGCUUCAAGCUAAGAUCGCAACAGAGCUCGCUGGAGGUUUAGAGAAGCUUACUGGCAAGAUGCCUCAAAUAAGCAGCCUGGCUUCCGCGAAUGCAGAGGACAAAGUCGCCAUUUUCCUGCCAGAGAUCGAGAAGCCCCUGCUUUCAACGCUGAAGGCGCAAGAGUUCGAAGCUCUGCAGAGGAUCCUCACUAAAGUCGCAGGCGCUCUCUGGGUCGUUCGUGGGGCCUAUGACAAGGCGACUUCGCCCGAUCUCAACAUGAUCACUGGGCUAAGCAGGACUAUCCGCUCGGAGACCCUGCUGCCUUUCUCGACUCUCGACCUUGACGGCAGAGUUCCGCUUGAGGCUGAUGCGGUCGUCGAAGCUGUGCUCAAGGUCUUCCAGGCUGUGUUCAGCAAAGAUAGCCCAGCAAACUGCGAAAUGGAAUUCAUGCAAAGAGAAGGCAAGUUCCUGACCCCGCGCAUCAUCAACGAUCCGGAGAUGAAUGCUGUCGUCCAUCGCCAGACCAAGUCGGCCGCUCUGCAGCCCACGCCAUUUGGCCAGAGUGAUAGAUCGCUGAAGCUGAAGAUCGGCAAUAUUGGCGCACUGGAGACCUUGCACUUCGUCGACGACGAAAGCAAGGGGUCGCCUCUUCGCCCUGACGAGAUAGAAAUCCAGGUCAAGGCAGUUGGUCUUAACCACCGUGAUCUCACGGCUGCACACGGCAAGCUUGCCACUGACGAUUUUGGCGUCGAGGCCAGCGGUGUCGUUGUGAAAGUGGGCUGUGACGUUACGAACCUCACUGCAGGUGACCGUGUUGCCGCCAUGACCCAAGGCGCCUUUGCAACCACCACCCGUACCAAGGCAUCCUUCGCCUUCAAGUUGCCAGCUGGCAUGACCUUCGAGGCUGGUGCAUCGCUUCCUUUAGCCUAUAGCACUGCCUACUACUCAUUGAUUGAGUUGGGUCGCCUGCAGGACGAUGAAUCGGUUCUCAUUCAUGCUGCUGCUCGUGCAGUUGGGCAGGCUGCUAUAUCGCUGGCUCAGAUGAUCGGGGCUGAUGUAUUUGUGACGGUUGGUAGCGCCGAGAAGAAGGAAUUUCUGAUGAAAGAGUACAACAUCCCAGAAGAUCACAUCUUCUACAGCCGCAACAACAACUUUGGCAAGUCAUUGCGCCAAGUCACUAACGGCAAUGGCGUCGAUGUCGUGCUGAAUUGCCUUGCCGGUGACGCGGUACGCGAGUCCUGGGAUUGCCUCAACAAGUUUGGUCGCUUGAUCGAUGUUGGCACGCGAAUCUCGUCAACCAGCAUGAAGCUCGAGAUGGACCAAUUCGAGCACAACUCCAGCUUUAUGACUGUCGAUAUGAUGGCACUAGCUGCUGAGAGGCCGAAGUUGAUGCAGAGAGUCCUCACAGACGUCUCUAAGUUGAUCAAGUACAACAAGGUCGCGCCACCCUCACCGAUCACGACAUUCCCCAUCUCGGAGGUUGAGUCUGCGCUCAAGAGUCUCCAGACGGGUGCCAAUGCACAUGGUAAGCUGGUCGUCGUGCCAAAUGCGACAGACAUUGUCAAGGCAACCCCUCCUAAGAGACCGAAGCAGCUACUUAAAUCCGACGCUACCUACAUUCUCAUCGGUGGUACUGGUGGUUUAGGUCGGAGCAUGUCAAAGUGGAUGAUCAGUCGCGGUGCACGCAACCUCGUUUUGGUCUCUCGAUCCGGUUCGGCAACCGGCAAGGUUAAGGAACUGGUUGACCAAGCUGCCGAGCAAGGUGCAAACGUUGUCGUUCGGCGCUGCGAUGUCGCCAAUCCUGCUGACGUUGAAGACCUCGUCAACCAGGGGCUUGAAGGCAUGCCCCCUGUCCGCGGUCUCAUUCACGGAGCUAUGGUUCUUCACGACGUCCUGUUCGAGAAGAUGACAUAUGACCAGUAUACUACUGUCAUAGAGUCCAAGGUACAGGGAGGGUGGAACUUCCACAAUGCGCUGGUGAACGCACCGCUUGACUUCUUCGUUGCCAUCUCGUCCGUUGCCGGCGCUGUUGGAAACCGUGGGCAAGCCGCCUACGCCGCUGCUAACUGCUUCCUCAAUGCCCUGGUGCAAUACCGCCUGGCUCGUGGCUUGCCGGCCUCGUCGCUGGAUCUCACAGCCAUUUCGGACACGGGAUACCUAGCUGAGGAUGCUGAGAAGGCUGCUGAAGUUGCCAAGAACCUGGCUGGUGACACAAUCUGCGAAGCCGAGGUGCUCGCCCUCCUCGGAUGCGCCAUCAGUGGCGAGCUCGGUGCCGUGUGCAACAAUCAUACCAUCACAGGCAUGCGUAUCUCGGCUGACGUGCAGCCUUUCUGGACGCCGGAUGCCAAGUGCAAGCACUUGCGCGAGGCGGCAGAAGCAGAGGCGGCAGCCAACGCUGCCGCGGGCGGCUCCAAGGCUGUCUCGUGGAACGCAGCGGCCAAGGCGGCCAAGACUCUCGAAGAGGCCGAGCAGGUGGUGUGCGAGGGCCUGGUUGAGAAGUGCGCUGCCGUCAUGAUGAUGGAGAAAGAGGAUCUAGACGUGACGCGCGCCCUGUCCCACUACCCGCUUGACUCACUCGUCGCUAUCGAGAUCCGCAACUUCAUCACACGCGAGUUUGAGGCCACCCUGCAGGUCCUGGAGCUGCUUUCCAGCGGCUCCAUCCAGACUCUCGCAAAGGGUGUCUGCGUCAAGAGCAAGGUGAUCAACUUCUGA